CCCUCGGGAAUGAAUAAAGAAACGCAGAGCUGGUAAUCGGAGAAUCGGAGAAUCGGAGAGGGGAGAUCGGAGAAGUGAUGACAAUGGACAGAGAAAAGGAAAGAGAGAUGGAGCUGGAGAGCGCAAUGUACACAAAUUGCUUGCUCUUAGGCUUGGAUCCAUCCAUAAUUGGAAUCGGAGCCAGCAACGGCACCCCUCGCGUCGGACUCUUCCGCCACUCCAACCCUAAAUUGGGCGAGCAGCUUCUCUACUUCAUCCUCUCGUCUCUUCGCGGGCCUGCACAGUCCGCCAGAGAUUUCGAUAGGGUUUGGCCGAUUUUCGACUCUGCGCAAUCGCGUGAUUUUCGAAAGGUUGUGCAAGGGAUUAUCAGCGAGCUUGAAGCUCAAGGGGCGCUUCCAAGGAGUAAUUCAAGGGUUUCAUCGCUUGCUACCUGCUGUGGACCAAGAUUUGUUGAACUUUUGUGGCAACUUUCUUUGCAUGCCUUGAGAGAGGUUCACAGAAGAACUUUUGGAGAUGAUGUAGCUUCUAACCCGCUGCCUGCACCAUUGACAGAUGUUGCCUUUUCGCAUGCAGCUACUUUACUUCCUGUAACAAAGGCUAGAAUAGCACUUGAAAGAAGGAGGUUUCUAAAAAAUGCCGAAAUAGCAGUACAGAGACAGGCUAUGUGGUCAAAUUUGGCUCAUGAAAUGACAGCAGAGUUUCGUGGUCUUUGUGCUGAAGAGGCGUAUUUGCAGCAAGAGCUGGAAAAAUUGCAUGACUUGCGGAACAAAGUCAAGCUGGAAGGGGAACUAUGGGAUGAUCUUGUAUCAACUUCUAGUCAGAAUUCUCAUUUAGUUUCAAAGGCUACUCGCUUGUGGGAGUCUAUACUGUCCCGUAAAAGUCAGCAUGAAGUUCUUGCUUCAGGCCCUAUAGAGGACUUGAUUGCUCAUAGGGAGCAUAGGUACCGCAUCUCUGGAUCAUCUUUGCUUGCUGCUAUGGAUCAGAGUUCUCAGGUUCCUCAUGCUGAUAUCUUAUCUGUCCAGUCUGGUGAUUUGGAUGGCAAAGAACAGAAUGAUGGAUACCAUGCACAAGUCAAUGAUGAAAAACUUUCUAUGGUGGAUGAUAGAAGUGGAAGGGUCCACCAGACGGUUGAUGUGGCAGAAAUUAUCAGGUGUUGGACACAUGCAUUGCAGCGUAUCCAUAAGCAGUCACUUCAGCUGACCAAAGCUAAUGAUGGAGAGGGUCCAGAUAUUCUGCGAGGUUCACAAGAUGGUAGUACUAGUGGUCAUGCUGAGUCUUUAGCUGCAACUCUUGCUGAGCAUCAGCAGCACCUUGCUAGCUUUCAGGUGCUCAUUAACCAACUGAAGGAAGUUGCUCCAGCAAUACAGAAGUCAAUAUCAGAGUGCACAGAGAAAGUAAAUGGCAUUUCUGCCAACAUGCCUUCUGUGGCCAGGCAUAGGAGCCAAGCCAUGUCAACUCUUCAAGCUCAGAGCAGUGGAAGGACACUGGAAAGUAGCUCUGGUGAUGUUUCUGAUGUAACUUCAAAAAUGUCCACCAUUCAGCUUGACAAGGCAUCAGCUAGUUCUCCAGCUUUGAAGCUCCCACAGUUAUUUACUUUGACCCCAAAUUCUUUGGGGAAAGGGGGAAAUGUGCAAAAGCGAAACAGUUCAGCUCCUCAGACCAAGCAAAUGGAAAAUUUGUCUGAAAGGAGCCCUGUGGACCAACCUUUGUCAAAUAAACGCCUUGAUAACCUUCCCCAAGAUGGUGACAAUUCUUAUGUUCUGAACUUAAAGAGAUCUGUAAGGGAUGCUGCCCUGUCAAUGCCAUCCUGCAAUUCAGAAUCAUCACAAGACAAUCACUCUGAUGAAAGUUUUGAACACUUUUUUGUACCUAUUUCAUCGGCUAAUCUUUCUCGUGCGAGUCCAGAAAAUAAAGUGGCCUCCAUAAAGAGUAAAAGACUGUUUUCAUCUCAAACAGACAAUUCAGGGCCUGACAACCACCCUCGUGAUGACCAUAUGAGGAGCAAGUAUGAUCACCUGCCAGAGAUCUUGGGUGAAUUGGAAUCACUUCAUGAUUAUGAUCAAGUAAAUGGAUUUUUCUCAGCAGCUGGUACAAAUCAUGCAGUAUCUUCUGAUGCAGAAAGGUCAUUUUUUAACAUGGAAGAUGCUCAUGAUGAAGUCUUCUCCCCUCCUUUGUUAAUGGACACUUCCUUUUUAGCUGAUUCUUAUGAGGAUUUGCUUGCUCCACUUUCAGAAACCGAAACUGCCUUGAUGGAGCACUAAGACUAAAGUUUGGACAAUGCUGCUCUGAUGGUUUUGUUUUCAGUCCUUGGUUAAGGUGGCUGGAACUCCCACUGAUUUGUUGUAUGACAUGAUGCUUGUAUGUAGUUCUUCCCAUUCUGAACCUCCUGCUCUUCCAUUCAGCACGAUUUAUUUCUCUGAGCCAAUUUGACCCUGCUUUUGUACACUCUUCAUCAUGCCUUGGGGCUGUAGUCACUGUACCAUACCAUGAAUUGCUCUGAUAAUUGGAGCAAACUUAACCACCUGACAGCAUUUCUGUGGUGUAAAGAAAACACAUUUCAUGCUUGGGAGUAGAUACAGUGGAUUCUUUGGAGAACUUUAGGUACCAAUACCAUAAAUGCUCCAUCAUCUCUUUUAACUCUCAAGGUCGGUUAUGGGACGGAUAUAAUGUACCAGUAUCAGAUAAGAUGUCUAUCAGCUAGCAUAUGAUUGUGUAUUCUGCAAAUAGACUACGAACAAGAAACUAUCACCUGAAUGAUUAAAAAUCUCAAAUUUAUGUUUCGCUAUGCAAGUGAUUCUUUAUUGAUUGAAACUAUGUUCAAACAAUCUGCAUGGAUUUCUCUUCGUUUCAGUGUCAUUCAGUUCGAUUUCUUGGGGUUAUUGUGGCAGCAGAAACAAUCGUUAGUCGUUACAGUCCCCUGUUGCACACACCGUCUCAACCAAACCAUAGUUAAUGGGAUGAUUUAGGCAGCAGAAGCAAUCUGCCUGUUUAUGGCACUGACAAAGAAAACUUUGGUUAGGCC